AUGAGCAUAAGGAAGCCAGCCUGCCUGUUCCUCCCCCUUCCUAAUCAUAGCCUUUACUCACAGACAAAACUCCCUCCCUCUCUCAUUCACUCACUCACUUUAGGCCAAUCCGUCCUCUCUCUCUCUCUCCCUCUCUCCGUGUCUCUCUCCUACUCUGAGACAGAGUCAGAACUCUUCUCCCUGACAGCCACAAACAUCUACAGCACUUAUUGCAUUCAGAGAGGGAACCUGCAAACAAAACUUCACAGAAAACUUUUGGUUCUUGUUCCAGAGAAUUUGCUGAAGAGAAGGAAAAACAAACAAACAAACAAGCAAACUAAACCAGCCCCCAAAAAAACUGUUCGUGAAGGGGGAGGAAAAGCAGGGCCUUUUAAAAAGGGAAUCACAACAACUUUUGCUGCCAGGAUGCCUUUGCUUUGGAAGAGAGGAUUUCUGUUGGUGCUUUGCUGGAUUAUAGUGAGGAGUUCCCCAACCCCAGGAUCCGAGGGGCACAGUUCAGUCACUGACUGUCCAUCAUGUGCCCUUGCCACGCUCUCAAAGGAUGUGCCCAGCUCACAGCCUGAGAUGGUGGAAGCAGUAAAGAAGCACAUACUGAACAUGUUGCACUUGAGGGACAGACCUAAUAUCACCCAGCCAGUGCCCAAGGCAGCACUUUUAAAUGCCAUCAAAAAACUCCACGUGGGAAAGGUGGGAGAGGAUGGUUAUGUGGAAAUAGAGGAUGAUGUUGGAAGAAGAGCCGAAAUGAAUGAAGUUGUGGAGCAAACCUCAGAAAUCAUCACUUUUGCAGAAUCAGGCACAGCCAAGAAAAUGUUGCACUUUGAGAUUUCCAAGGAAGGCAGUGAAUUAUCGGUGGUGGAGCAUGCUGAAGUGUGGCUCUUCCUGAAGGUCUCCAAGGCCAACCGGAGCAGGACAAAAGUCACCAUCCGCCUGUUCCAACAGCAGCGACAGCCAAAAGGCAAUUCUGAAGGAGCAGAAGAUACAGAGGAUGGGGGGCUGAAAGGUGAAAAGAGUGAGACUUUGAUUUCAGAAAAGGCAGUGGACACUCGUAAGAGCACUUGGCACAUCUUCCCUGUCUCCAGCAGUGUCCAGAGACUCCUGGACCAAGGCAAGAACUCUUUGGAUGUGCGGAUUGCCUGUGACCUUUGUCAAGAGACUGGAGCCAACCUGGUGCUACUGGGCAAGAAGAAGAAAAAGGAAGAUGAUGGGGAAGGGAAAGAAAAGGAAGCUGGAGAAUUCACAGGAGAAGAGGAGAAGGAGCAAUCACAUCGGCCCUUCUUGAUGAUGCUUGCCCGGCACUCAGAGGAUCGCCAGCACAGGCGGCGAAGACGAGGCCUGGAGUGUGAUGGCAAAGUCAACAUCUGCUGCAAGAAGCAGUUCUUUGUCAGCUUCAAGGACAUAGGGUGGAGUGACUGGAUCAUUGCUCCUACAGGUUAUCAUGCCAACUACUGCGAAGGAGAGUGUCCCAGCCAUAUAGCAGGCACAUCUGGCUCAUCAUUAUCUUUCCACUCCACUGUCAUCAACCACUACCGCAUGCGGGGCCAUAGCCCCUUUGCCAACCUCAAAUCAUGCUGUGUGCCCACCAAGCUCCGGCCUAUGUCCAUGCUCUACUAUGACGAUGGCCAGAACAUCAUUAAGAAAGACAUACAGAAUAUGAUUGUGGAGGAGUGUGGCUGUUCGUAGAUGCUAGUGUGCACAAGACCCUUCUUGUUAAGUAGAAAAUGUAUCAAAAGCCCAAGAAGAGGAAAGACCUGACACGGUAUAAUAUUUUUUGAGUGAAACAAUCAUCAGAAAUAUAAGCAAAAAUAGAAGAGAGCAAGAAAAGGGAGAGAAAGAAGAAGAAAAAAAAAGACUUAUGGAAGAUCAGGAAAGACUUCAGCUACAAAAAAGGAAGAAAAUGUCAUGAAGAUGGGCUUGAACAAGAUAGGUCAAAAUGGUGGUAUGGAUUGGGGAUUUCCCCUUCCUUUCAGUAUGCUCCUUAUCUUGUUACAUAGUAUACUAAACACUAGUUACUACUAGGGGAAGGAAGUUUUGUUCCCUCCCUUAGUUACCCAUCAGGUCAAGCCAUGGUAGCAGCUCAUCUAACCUGCAGAAAUUUGGACAAAGUCCAAAAGGUCAAUGAAAAGCCAUGUGUAUGAUCACUGCAGUCACUGGCGCUUUCCCCCCACAUUUACAGAGCAACUGAGUCGGUGUAUAGUGUUUGUGUUUGUAUAUAUAUUGCUAUGUAUUUAUAUACAUGUCUCUAUACAUACAGACACAAUACACAUACUUAACAUUGA